AUGUCCUUCCCCGACAACCUCAAGCCCAAGGAGCCCAGCGGCGCCUCGCUCCUGGCCCGGGAGCGCCUUCAGUCGCCCGUCGACGUCGCCGCGCUCAGCCGGCACAUCUUCGCCGACACGGGCUUCCUCGAGCGGCAGGCGCGCGUGCUCGCCGCCAUGGAGCGCGAGCCGCUCCUCUCCAAGUCCGCGCAGCAGCAGCUCUCCCGCCCCGAGCGGUACCGCCUCGGGCUCGCGCGCGGCAAGCUCCUGCGGCGUCUGCAGGCGCGGCACCGCUGGGACGUGGACGACUACCACAUGGCCGCCUACCUCCUCGGCGAGCAGAUCCCGUUCCGGCUGCACGUGGGCAUGUUCCGGACGACGGUGGCGGAGCAGGCGAGCGACGCGCAGCGCGCGCUGUGGAUGCCGCGCGUGGAUGCGUGGGACGUGGUCGGCACGUACGCGCAGACGGAGCUCGGCCACGGGUCCAACGUCCGCGGCGUCGAGCUCGAGGCCCGCUGGGACCCGAAGACCAGGGAGUUUGUGGUGCACAGCCCGACGCUGACGGCGGCCAAGUGGUGGAACGGGUCGCUGGGGCGCACGGCGGACCACGCGGUGCUGAUGGCCCAGCUGAUGGUGCCGGACCCGGAGCGCGCGGGCGGGUACGUCUCGCACGGGCCGCAGGCGUUCAUCGCGCGGAUCCGGGACGCCGAGACGCAUCUGCCGCUGGAGGGCGUGGUCAUCGGCGACAUUGGCGUCAAGGUUGGCUUCGCGUCCAUGGACAAUGGCUACAUGCUGUUCAGCCAGUUCAGGAUCCCCCACUCUGCGCUGCUGUCGCGCUACGUCCAGCUCGACCCGGAGACCGGCGUCUUCACCAGGUCGCCCAACGCGGCGCUCGCCUACGGCACCAUGACCUCGAUCCGGACCGUGCUCGUCGAGGAGGCCGGCACUUUCCUCGCGCGCGCCGUCACCGUCGCCGUGCGGUACUGCGCGGUGCGGCAGCAGUUCCGCGACAAGGACUCGCGCGACGCCGGCUCGCCGGAGCUGCAGCACACGGGGCGGGCGAUGCGGCGCGGCUACGCGCGGACGCGCGCGGCGGUGGAGGCGCGGGGGGACCUCUCGGGGCUGGCGGCGCUGCACGCGUGGUCGUCGGGGCUGAAGAGCCUGAGCACGGAGGUGACGAACGCGGGCAUCGAGGCGUGCCGGAGGGCGAUGGGCGGGCACGGGUACGGUGCGGGCAGUGGGCUGGUGGAGAUGCAGCGCGACUACCAGGCGAAGCCCAUCCUGGAGGGCGACAACUGGAUGAUCACGCAGCAGACGGCGGCGUUCCUGAUCAAGAGGAUGGCGGCGGUGGUAGGGGGCAAGGUGACGGACGAGACGGACGCGCAGUUGAAGGCGUUUCUGGACCGCAAGGACAAGGGCAGGGAGCUUUACCUCUUGAACAGCGACUCUGAUAUCCAGAAGAGCUUCGAGUGGCGAGCGGCUUCCAUGACAUACGACGCAUACCGGGCGCGAGUCAUCGACGAGAAGAGGCACAAUGAUCUUCUGAUCCAGUUUCACAAGCUAAGCCACGCACACUCGCAAUCCAUCAUGGUUCGGUCCUUCCUCGGCAGCCUUGCCUCCGACGACGACCUGCCUCGCGAGACCAAGGACGUCGUGUUCGAUCUCUACCGGCUGUUUGCCUACACCAACAUCCAAGCCGAGAGCUACGAGUUCCUCCGAUGCGGCGCCGCGUCUGCCGCGGAUCUGGAUGCCCUGCCCGAUCGGAUCCAGACGCUGCUGGCGCGCAUCCGGCCGCACGCCGUCAAGCUCGUCGACUCGUGGAUGAUUCCCGACUAUCUCCUGGACAGCGCGCUUGGUCGCUACGAUGGCAACGUGUAUGAGGAUCUCUUCAACCGCGCGCAUAGGCAGAAUCCGCUUAAUGAUGUUGUUUUCAACAACGACUGGAGGGACGAUGAGAUAGUCAAGGGAAGCGGCGAGCGGGAACCUCUUUUGCCUAAGCUAUAG